GAUCACUCGAUUCUCUCACUGUGAUCUUUGUUUUUAACUUCUGAUCUCGUCGGGAACAAUGGCGGCUUCCGGUAAUACAUCGUCCACUGCAGGCGGUGUCAGUCUCACCUCUAAAACACCAAUACUUGGGCAAAGACUCUAUGUCAUUAUCGCCAUCACAGUUGUAGUCGUGACGGUAAUUCUCGUAGUGAUCUUCCUCUGUAUCCGUCGGAAUUUGAAUACCAAGCGACGUCGUAGGAUGCGUGUGAAGCACAGCUCAGGACUGUUGCCUUUAGUCUCGGCGGCGAUCAACGUCGAAUCGAUUGAGAAAACAUCCAAAAUUAGCGUGUUCGAGAAGGAUGAUGACGAGAAAGAAGAGAUUAAACCGAUAAUCAAAGUUGUUGAAGGUAAAAUAGGGAACACGAAUUCGGGUAGUAACGAAUCGGGAACGAGUCGGAGCGAGGGUGCGUCAUCGUCGGUGUCGGCGGAGAGUUUGAGUAAUUUAGGGUGGGGAAAGUGGUACAGCUUGAAUGAGAUUGAAAUUGCUACGAAUAAUUUCGCGGACGAGAAUGUGAUCGGAGAAGGAGGGUAUGGGAUUGUGUAUAAAAGUGUUCUACGGGAUGAUUCUGUGGUGGCUGUGAAGAAUCUUCUGAACAACAAGGGUCAGGCAGAGAAGGAAUUCAAGGUGGAGGUUGAAGCCAUUGGAAAAGUAAGGCAUAAAAAUCUAGUCGGUCUAAUGGGAUUUUGCGCAGAUGGUGCUAAGAGGCUGCUCGUGUACGAGUAUGUUGACAAUGGAAAUUUGGAACAAUGGUUGCACGGAGAUGUUGGACCUAUCAGCCCUUUAACUUGGGACAUCCGAAUGAAGAUUGCAGUUGGGACUGCUAAAGGACUGGCAUAUUUACAUGAAGGGUUGGAACCAAAAGUUGUCCAUCGUGAUGUUAAAUCAAGCAACAUUCUUCUCGAUAGAAAAUGGAAUGCUAAAGUAUCUGAUUUUGGACUUGCCAAGUUGUUAGGACCCGAGAAAAGCUACGUAACCACACGAGUAAUGGGCACAUUCGGAUAUGUGUCGCCCGACUAUGCAAGCACAGGAAUGCUAAAUGAGGGCAGUGAUGUCUAUAGUUUUGGAGUUUUACUCAUGGAAAUAGUUACAGGGAGGAGCCCCGUUGAUUAUUCCCGAGCACCUGGAGAGAUGAAUUUGGUCGAUUGGUUUAAAGGGAUGGUGGCAAGUCGUCGUGGGGAAGAGUUGCUAGAUCCCAAGAUUAGCGUACAACCUUCUCCAAGAGCUUUGAAGCGUGUAUUGCUUGUGUGCCUUCGUUGUAUAGAUAUGGACGCAAAUAAGCGCCCGAAGAUGGGCCAAAUUGUACACAUGCUUGAGGCAGAUGAAUUCCCUUUCCGUACAGAACCUCGCCCGCCAAGAGACACGGCUGCGAGUAAAGCGGCUUUGGCAAACUAGUUUUUUCUGGAGAGUCCAUGUGUAUCGGUUUAUGCAUCAUGUUAUCGCAAUUGGUUCGUUCUUUCUAGCUAAUAUGAUGAUGUAUACAUAUGCAAAUGCUACAAAAUAUUCACAUAAAAAAAGCAUUGUAAAUAUAGUGAGUUAUUUGCAAUUUAUUUCUACUUCGAAUUUAUUUGCUACAUGUACACAAAUAUACUCCAUAUUAAACAUAAAUAGCUAAUCAUAUUUGAAACA